AUGAAUGGAAAUAAGGAGGAAACAUGGUUAGCCCUGUGGUGCCGAACAUAUGUGGAGGAGUCUGAAGUGCAGAGAGGUGUUCUGGAGUCGGCCAGUCCAUGUAACAUCUCCCUUCCUCCUGUAGAGAUUAACCUUGCAGUGGAAGCUACAGUUGCUAAAGUGAUUGACAAAUUUGAGGAUGAAACGGCAGAUGACAUUUUCCCUGCUGGUAAUAUACGGAAAAAAGCUUCAGCCUCUCUCCUGGAAGCUGAUAAAAGGUACAUGGGAAAAGCCACAUCUCGAAAAGCCUUGCAAGAAGAACUCUGGGGAGAUGCUCUGUCUGAAGAAGGAUCUGCUGAAGAAGCAUUAGAUGAAUGGUCCAGUGGCAGUGAAGAUUUGGAAGACAAGGACAGCUUAGACAGUAAAGCGGAAGAGAAGCCCAGCAGUGCUGGCAGUGACCAGGAGGAUGACUUGGAAGAGGACGAAGAGAAAGAAACAGAUCUAUCUGUCAAGCUCAAGGCACCAAAGUUCAAUUCCCAGAACAUCACAGACUUUGAGAAAUUUACAGAGGGGAUGGAUGACGUAGGAAGCAGCGAAGGGGAAGAUGAAGACGAAGCCAGCGUGGAAGAAGCAAGUGAUGAGGAGGAAUAUCAGAAUGAAAACCAUGGCAAUAUGAAAGACACUAAAGAGAGCGAGGAUGAUGGAGGGAUGAUGACAUUUUCAAAAGGACAAGUGGUUGAAGAAGUCGAAAAAGGAAAAGCUGUGAAGAACCAGUUAGCACUGUGGGAUCAACUAUUGGAAGGGAGAAUCAAGAUGCAGAAGGUUCUCCUCACAGCCAACCGGCUUCCACAGCCAGAUACUUUCCCAGUCUUUAAAAAGGAAGGUGGACAAGAAUUUGACAAUGCUGUCAAGAACGGUUGUAAAGCCCUGAAGGAGUUGCUAAGAGCGUUAGUGGACCUUCAAGAUGAGCUUCUUUAUCAAUACCCAGGCACAAGGCAUCUGGUAGAUGGAAAGCAAUCAAAAAUUGAGAGUGAUGAUGAAAUCCUCAGCAGUAGCGAUGAAGAGAAAGAGGAUGAGGCUCAGAAGAGGAGGAGGAGCCUCUCCAAACGAAAGCUAAAGAUGGAAGACUACCCAGAAUUCCUGGCCAAGCGGUUUGCUGACUUCAGAACGUAUCGGAACAAAGUCUUGCAGAAGUGGCAUGACAAGACAAAGUUGGCAUCGGGCAAAAUGGGAAAGGGUUUCGGUGCCUUUGAGCGUUCAAUCUUGACUCAGAUUGAUCAUAUUAUGAUGGACAAAGAGAGAUUACUACGGCGGACGCAGACCAAGCGAUCAGUAUAUAGAGUGCUUGGAAAGCAGGAACAGGAAUCUCAUCCGGUCCCUGAAUCUUUACCUGAAAAUUCGGAAGUCCUCCCUCAGACAGAUUCCAACAGGCACCUGAAGGACAUAGAUGAGGAGAUAUUUGAUGAUGACGACUUUUAUCACCAGCUCCUUCGAGAACUUAUCGAGCGUAAAACCAGCUCAUUGGACCCCAACGAUCAGGUAGCAAUGGGCAGACAGUGGCUGGCCAUCCAGAAAUUAAGAAGCAAAAUAAAGAAGAAAGUGGACAGAAAAGCCAGCAAAGGAAGGAAAAUCCGGUAUCAUGUCCAUAGCAAGCUGGUGAGCUUCAUGGCGCCUAUUGACCACUGUACAAUGAAUGAUGAUGCCAGGACGGAGCUUUAUCGUUCGCUGUUUGGAAAAAUCACGCGCCCUGAAGACACCGAGCAGAAUUAGCGCUGGGCCCUCGCGUCCGGCCUGGCCGCCUGGCGGACCCCGCGCUUGGGCCCCUCGCUUGGCCGA